AUGGUGAAAUUUGUGGUAGUGACAGGAGGGUCAGUGAGCGGUUUGGGGAAGGGCACAUUGGCGUCGUCGGUGGGUGUGGUAUUGCGGUCCUGUGGGUAUCGUGUGACUGCGAUUAAGAUUGACCCAUAUCUAAAUGUGGAUGCGGGUACGAUAGCGCCAGGUGAGCACGGGGAGGUGUUUGUAUUGGAUGAUGGACAUGAAGGCGAUCUGGAUUUGGGUAACUAUGAGCGUGCAUUGGAAGUGAAGUUAACAAAGGACCAUAACAUUACAACUGGUAAAAUUUACCGUAAGAUAAUCCAGGCGGAGAGAAACGGAGAUUAUUUGGGUGCGACAGUUCAAAUGGUACCGCAUGUAACGGAUGCUAUUCAGGAAUGGAUUGAGUGUGUGGCGCACACGAUUUGUGUAGAUGGUUUAGAGGAGCACGGUGCGGCUGACUUUUGUCUAAUUGAGGUGGGCGGUACGGUUGGUGAUAUCGAAAGUAGUGUCUAUCUGGAGGCAUUGCAGCAAUUCUUCGCUCGACUUGACCGUAAAGAUUAUUGUCUGUGCCACUUAAUCUACAUCCCACAAAUCGGCUCGGAGCAGAAGACUAAAUGUGCGCAGCACUCCUUUAAAGCGCUGCGCGAGGCGGGUCUGGCAGCUGACUUUAUCCUAGGACGGGCGGAGUCAAUGUUAGAACCUUGUACGAAGAGGAAAUUGAGUGUCUUUAGCGGAAUUAAUGAUCGGUAUGUGAUUGGAUUGCCUAACGUCAAAUCCAGCUAUCUGGUACCGGGCUUAUUGCUCUCCCAAAAUUUCGGCCAGUUGUUGACCAGCAAGCUCGAUAUGCCUUAUAGGAACCCUCACCAAGUCACCCGUUUCUACCAUGGCCUUUCGCCGGUUGAGGUGUGGACGAGGAUUGCAGAACGGGAAGAAGCAUUGAAGACAGUUCCAGUCACGCAGAUCGGCUUUGUUGCUAAAUAUAUAGGCAGCAAUGAUACCUACCUGUCUGUCGUGAGGGGCAUUGAACACAGCGCCACCGAAUGCAUGGUAAACGCGAAGCUUGUCUGGAUCCAUGCGGAGUGUCUAUCAGAUCCAAAGCACGCUGAGUACGAGGCCGAAUGGACCAAGUUGCGCUCGUGUCAAGGAGUGCUCGUUCCAGGAGGUUUCGGACAACGUGGUGCGGAAGGUAUGGUGGCUGCGUGUGGAUAUGCUCGGAAAAAUAGAAUACCCUUCUUUGGUAUCUGUCUCGGUAUGCAAAUGGCCUGCGUGGAAGGCGCAAGGUCGCUCCUCAACAUACCCGGCGCUGGCAGUGAGGAAUUUGGGGCGGCGGGCUCAGACCGAGUCAUCGUCUUCAUGCCGGAGACCAUCAACAAGGCUAUGGGUGGCACAAUGAGACUUGGUCGCAGGGCCACACACCUCUGUUCGCAAACAGAGAACGGCACCCUGUCUCUGGCGUUCAAGCUCUAUGACCAGGCAGUCACGGUCGAUGAAAGACACCGACACCGGUACGAGUUCAAUAUGGACUUCCACGACCGCCUAGCUGAACACGGCUACCGAUUCAUCGGCAAAGACGAAUCCGGCCAACGUCUUGAAGUCCUCGAAAUCGCCAACCACCCCUUCUUCCUUGCUGUACAAUACCACCCUGAACUCACCUCCAAACCAGGUCGACCCAACCCCUGCUUCCUCGCAUUCGUCUUGGCCUCUGCGGGCAAACUCAACUCCCGAUUCCAAAAAUACGAUAACACAUUACGACCAGGAGCUGAGUUUUUCAUCUAA